AUGAGUGGCAACGGAAGUGACGCAGUUUCUCCGGUAAACGCAGGUACUGUGCUCAAGAGAUACCGACGGACCACAAUGAAACACAACCAUUCAUUACCCUCCUUCAACUUGCCUAUUUUCAGAUUCCUACCUCUCCGAUCCGCUCAAUGUCGCCUGGAUGUUCUCCGCCACGGCCGUCGGAAUGUGUCUCGGACCGUUCCCGUUCUACUUCGCUUCCGUGUUCAGCACGCCGUUCUUCAUUUUCUCCUACGGAUUGCUCUCCGCUCUUAGCUCUUUACUGUACCCUUUGGCUGAUUCCGUUGGCUUCUGGCCAGCCCUUCUUUGUCGUUUCUUCGCUGGAUUCGCCCAAGCGAGUCAGCUGCACUUCACGAACGAUCUGGUGCUUAGAUGGACUCCGGACUCGGAAGCUUCUUUCUUUUUCUCGAUCAUGCUGGCCACUUCUCAGUUCGCGCCCCUCAUCACCAUGAUUCUCGGCGCCGAAAUGUGUUCUUUGCCAUUUCUGGGAUGGGAAGGAACUUAUUAUGUGAUCGGAGCCAUCACUUUUGCUUCAUCUUCAGCAUUUGCCUACUUUUAUUCGGAUUCUGUGGAAGAUAAUAAGUACGUAUUGCUGUGGGCGGAGAUUGAUGUUUGAUUACGUUCUCGGAAGUACUGGAAAACUCCUUCUCAGCAUGUCAUUUCUGCCUCAAAAGAUGCUCUUUGAUGAGACCACAUAAUUCUGACAAUUGCUCUGUCCCGUUCUUAACGUGAAAGGUCUUUGCCAGAAGUGUGCAGCGCUAAUAUUUGGUUUGGAAUCUUGUAUUCUCGGGGACAAUCAUCCAUCAAAGCACAUCCCUCGUUUACUAAACCGUGUUCAUUGCCGUAUAAACCGAUCCAUUCAGAUUCUGUGAAUCCUCUGAGAAGUCUCUCAUUCUCGCCGGAAAGAAACUGAAGAAAGAAAGAGAAGCAGUGCCGCACAGCGCUCUUUUUUCCGAUUGGACCAUUUGGAUUAGUCUAAUAAUGUUCACCGGAUACUACCUCGCAAUGAUUGUCUACCAGCAGUACUCUCCCAUUUUCAUCAAGCAAGUCCUUCAUUUCUCGAUCCGCGAGACCGGAUACUUCUCAGCCAUCCCUCAAAUCAUCGCUAUUAUCAUUAAAAUCGGCGGCGGCACACUCUUGGGUACACUAAUCUCGUCUACUUUUCAUUUUCAUCGUGACUAUAUUUCCAUUUCCAGAUUACAAAUUCGGCUGUAGUCUCAAAAUGACACUCGCCGUUCCUCUCGUUGUUCUAGAGUGUCUCAGUGUUCUUUCCCUUUGCCUCACUGGAUUUGUCAGUCCUCAUUUUGUUAUUCACCGGUUUCUCUUAUUAUUUGCAGCUUGAUGAUCGUGUUCUUGCUCUCUUCUUCAUGAUGACGUUCGCCUCUCUUCACUUCUUUGUGCCUGUCAUUUGCAGCAGAACCAUCCAGAUCGUACGUAGUGCUCUUCCUCCAAACUCAUGUGAUCUCUUCAAUCUUUUCAGCGCGCCGCCCAUCAUGCUCACUUCGCUCUCAACCUCAACAUGAUCAUCGCUGGAGUUGCUCAGAUGGUGAUCCCAUUGGGAGUGACCGCCGCGGUUCCGGAUAACACUAGAGAACAGGUCCUUAUUUUAGGACAUUCCUCCAUUCCAUUAGUCUGUUUUCAGUGGUCCAACUGCUUCUAUUUCUUGGCUGCCUCAAUAGUAGCUACUGCUGUAGCUUACACUAUUCUGGCUGAAGUCUCCGCUGCUCCGUGGACCGAAAGAGAGCAGGAAGCUAAAGUUGUGGAGCUUAAAUCCGAACCCGAAAGUCUUUAG